AUGUUAACACUACGACGAAUAUCAAGUAUUUAUCAAUAUCUACACCCAUUAUCGUCAUGUCAAUAUCGAUUUAUAUCGAAACAAUCGGGUGAUGAUGAAUCAAAAGGAAAAUCACCACGUUUGAGUGAAGAACUUUUGAGUUUUGAACGAAAAAGUGUUAAUACUUCUCGUAACGUUAUGAAAGAUCGUAAAAAUCCGCCAAAUGAAGCUAAAGCCGAAAAGAAACGACCGAUAACUCAGGAAACAUUAGUGAAGGGUGAUGGUCGACAAGUCAAAGAUCUUCUUCGAGGUUUAAAUGCGAAAAAUUCAAAUCAUCAAAAACAAUCUCUUGAACAACGCGAUCGAUCAUCAUCAAACGAUAGAGUCAAUCUAGCUAAACCUUUCGAUACAACAGAAAAAAAACAAAAACGUGAAGGAGAACAUGGUGGACAGAAGGACAAAAAAAUUCGUCCACAAGUUAUUCUUGAUACUGAAUUAAAUGAAGUAAAAAUUUUAACACGUCAAGUUGCUAAUUCUUUAACAUCACCGAGUUCACCCAAUGAAAGUAGCAAUAUAGAACAAGAAUUACUUGAUGUUUUGCGAGGUCACCGAGUUGUUAGUAAAAAUGACCGACGAACAGAAAACAAGCCCGAACAUCGUGAAGAACAUUCAGAAUUCAAAAAUCGCGGAGCACAUGAAAGACCAGCACGAAAAAAACAAACUCGUUCAACUUCAAAUGUUAAUGUUGAAAAAACAACUGAAGCCUUUUCAUCCUUACUACGAGAUUUUCAAUUGAAACCAACUCGUACUACAUCAAAAUUAGGAGUUGAUGAUGAUUUAGGCCGAGAUGAAGGUGCUGAGACGAAAUCACGUUUUAAUGAUCAACGUGAACAAAGGCGUGAUAGUUGGGAUCAACGAAAACCAGCGCAGGAUACAAAGCGUCGGCAAGAAUUUUUAAGACCACAUCGAUUAUGGACUGGUGAACCAUUAGGAAUAUUUACUACAAAAGACGUUAAUGAAUUAUCUUCAAAAGCUUCGCCCCUAUGGGAAAAAUAUGAAAACGAUGAGCUGAUACGAAUAUCAACUAUACCACCACGAAAUGGCUUUGAAGAAAUGAUUCAAUGGACAAAAGAUGGAAUUAUUUGGAAGUUCCCUGUUGAUAAUGAACAAGAUAUUGGUCCUGUAGGAGAUGUUCCAUUUUAUGAACACGUUUUAUUGGAACGUCAUUUAAAUGAUUUUCCACAAUCUCCACUUAUUCGUCAAUUCAUGGAACUUGUCUGCGUUGGUCUCGGUCGAAAUCCUUAUUGGACAGUUGAACAAAAAGUUGAACAUAUCAAUUGGUUUCGAAAGUAUUUUAAUGAUAAAAUGCAUAUUUUCAAUGAAACAGUUCAUACAGGCGCAAUUAAAACAUCAGCAGCAACACCCUCGGUUACAAAACCUGCUUCAACAUUUAAACCAAAAGCACCGCCAGCAGCACCUAAAGUUGUUCCUGUCGUUGUUCCACCACCACCACCACCCGCUAAAGCAUCGACGGCGAGUAAAAACUAA